UUUAAGCCUGACACUUCACCCUGCUCUGCGUGGUGCAGGCUUGAGCAAUCUGAGACCACUAAUCUUCCUUCUUCGAAAUUCUAUUUUCUACAGCUAGGGUUUUAAUUCCAGAGUUCUUGCUCUUCUUUCCUUCUAUAGCCGAUUCUGCAGAAGCUCAGUGCUUCAGCCUCAAUCCAUGGAAGCAGCCGCCUGCUAUCAAUCCCUUCACUUCUCCAAAGCGACCGAUUUUGUCCCUCGGCCUUGCUUUCUCGCAGCCCGGUCCUCUUUCGAUUCCAAAUCUCUUUGUUCCGAUGGAUUUGUGAAGCGUUUCUGUUUGAUAUCGCAAAACAAGCAAAGGGAGAGGAUUACGAUUCUAACGAACGGGAAAUUGAGAAGAGAGGUCAGAGCAUCGUCAAAUUCUUCUUCUCGACCUUUGGAAUCUUCCUCUGAGCUCGCUCCCUUGCAAUUGGAGUCCCCAGUGGGGCAGUUUCUAUCACAGAUCCUCGUCAGCCAUCCCCACCUUGUACCAGCUGCUGUUGAUCAGCAGCUCGAACAGCUGCUUACAGAACUCGAGGCUGAGAAGAGCCAGGAGGAAUCCAACUCUAGUGGCACCGAGCUUAUCUUGUAUAGGAGGAUCGCUGAGGUGAAGGCGAAGGAGAGGAAGAACGCCUUGGGGGAAAUUCUAUAUGCUUUGGUUGUACAGAAAUUUGUUGAUUCAGAUGUUUCCUUGGUUUCAUCAAUGCCCAAAUCAUCAAAGGAGCCCAAUGAGGUUGCUCACUGGCCGUCAUUGGAAGAGAAGUUCCAGUCUCUGCAUUCUCCUGAGGCCUUUGAGAUGGUAAAAAAUCACUUAUCUGUCAUACUGGGAAAUCGAUUGGAAGAUUCGAGCUCCAUUGCCUCCAUUAACAAGCUCCGAGUUGGGCAAGUUUAUGCAGCCUCGAUACUCUAUGGCUACUUCCUCAAAAGAAUGGACCAGCGCUUUCAGCUCGAUAAGUCCAUGAAAACUCUUCCUUUUGGAUCAGAAGAAGAGAGAGAAUCAGCCAAGGGAUGCGCCAAGGAAGCGUUAAUGGGGGCCGAAUCGGUUUCAAGCCCUGAGGAGCUCUCAGCAACUUUCAGUCCUGGUGGAUUCGCUGAUAGGAUUAAGCCUUGCCGGCUGAGGACUUACGUUAUGUCUCUGGAUUCUGAGACCCUGCAGAGGUUUGCUUCUGUGAGAUCAAAGGAAGCUUUUAGUAUCUUUGAGAAGCAUACGGAGGCUUUAUUUGAGAGGCCAGAGAUUGUAAUCACGCCUCAGGGUGCUAUUGAUUAUUCGAAAGAAGAGCUAAUUAAGCUCAGUUUUUCUGGAUUGAAGAGGCUGAUAUUGGAGGCUGUAACGUUUGGUUCCUUCUUAUGGGAUGUGGAGAGCUAUGUGGAUUCAAGGUAUCAUUUUGUAAUCUCUUAAGUUUUCUUGUAUUGUGAUUGAAAAUAUAUGUAGGUGGCAUGAGGGAGCUUAUCAAUUUCAUUGGAGACAUAUGCUUUGUGUGGUUUUUGGAAUUGUUAGAUCUUUGCAGUAAUGCAUGCAUUAAUCGGAAAUGUUGUUUAUGAUUGUUUCCCUUUUCUGCAUCCAUGUAAAUUUUUAAAAUUCCUUUGAUAUAUAUUUAAUAAAGUAGAAACGGUCUCCCAUAAGG